CAAACAUAUAAAGGUUGUGGCAAACUGAGGUUAAGUUACAUCUGAAGGUGAAGUGACAUUGGACUGAAGCAGAUUCCAUCCCAAGGCAGCUACAGACAUACAAUUCAGAGAAACUUUGUGCAAAAAAGAUUCAAGAUGCUCCUGAUCAUCCUGAUUCAACUCCUGAUCGUCGCAUCAGCAAAUGUCCAGGCAACCACCACUGUAGCAGCUACAACUGCAGCACCCACCACUGUAGCAGCUACAACUGCAGCACCCACCACUGUAGCAGCUACAACUGCAGCACCCACCACUGUAGCACCUACAACUGCAGCACCCACCACUGUAGCAGCUACAACUGCAGCACCCACCACUGUAGCACCUACAACUGCAGCACCCACCACUGUAGCAGCUACAACUGCAGCACCCACCACUCUAGCACCUACAACUGCAGCACCCACCACGCCGGCUACUGUUGCCACCACCACCACUAACACUGCUGCACAUGCUGGGAUCGUAUCCGUGAGCAGUCUGGUGUUCUGUCACUUCAGUGUUGUUCUCUUCAUGUCCCUCUGUACAGUGUGACUUGGUUGUACUGGUUUUUUUUAAAACACAUUUAUCAGUACUCACAAAGUAUUAUUAUUUAUAUUUAGAUACACACUGGUGUUGAUAAGAUUAACAAUCCAUAUGAUACAAAGUGUUAACAAUAAGUUUGUGCUUAUUUAUUGUCACUUUCAGAGUAAAGUUACUGAUAACCUAUAAUUUCAUGACUGAUGAAUGACUGUUGAAAUGAUGUUAACCAAGCUGAACUGGUGUCAGUGUUUUCUAUUGUUGGAGCAGUGCUUCAUUAAACCUUUCAUCUGUUGUCGAUGGAACUGUUUUCUUUAAAGUGUAUGUUCAUGUGAAGUAACAAAUCUGCGUUGAGGCCAGAAUUUGGACGGAUUAAAAAAAUAGAUAGAUAGUAAAAUAAAAUGACACAGCAACAAACCUUGAAAAAUAUCUUUAUUUCCUUUAGAUAAGAUCACGUCUGAUCUGACUGGAAACUUGUCCUCUGUUUACUCAUAGUUUGAAUUCUAGCUAUAGUUUUACAUAAUUCAACAUUCAUUUAUUUAUGUUGAAUCAGGCAAUGAGAACUCUGAGCUCUGAGCUUAAAUGCAUCUUAAUCCUGGGUGUGGCAACAUACAUCAAAAUGACUUGUUUAGACAUUAUUUGCCAUAAUGACCUCACCCACAGUUAAAGAAAAGCUUGAAAAGACAAUUGCUGUACAGUAUUUGUAAGCUCUGUUUUGGUACGUGUUUUUUGGAGAAAAUAGGGGAAAAAAUGCAUGUGACUGACUUGAACUGUAAAUAAAUGUCCAAGUUUUGUAAA